AUGCCUUCAAUCAGACUCCCUCCCUCCUGCCCCCCCUCCCCCUACCCCCCGUCUGGGACACCGUCAGGCCAGGUUGACUGUGUGCAGUAUCGGCACACUUUCUGGUGUCGAGGCCACAAGGAGAAGCAGAAAGACAGUCUCUUCCAGACCAGACGUGCACACGCACAACCAUCCAAGCGGGUGAACUGCGAGGGGUGGUUACCGGGGCAAAGACAUUCUAUCACACGCACAUAA